AUGUCAACAGUGGCACAGACUCUGACUCUGAGAUCUAUUCAACUUUCGAGAGUGGUUUCACAACCACCGAGGGGUCAUGGUAUUGGUAGAAGUGCGAGGUAUCUCGAGGAUAGCGAUGAUGCUGAUGUCAUUGUAGGUACUUUCUUUAUUCAUUUUGUAUCGUACUAUACUCUCAUUGAUAUUGGAUCUACUCACUUGUAUAUUGCUAGCGUUGUUUCUGCAAAUCUGGAUUUAACUACUGAAAAUACUAUUAGAGAUUUUUUUGUGAUUAUUCCUUUGGGUCAGUCAAUUCAGGUUGAUAGAGUAUAUAGACGGGUACCCCUGGAGAUCCAAGAAUAUCAGGUUAGUCUAGAUUAUGCAACUAAGAGAGUUACUUUGAGAAUGAAUGAGAAUGAAGAGUCUGAUCCAGUAAAGCUUAUCGUGGGAGAUAUAUACACUGUGAAGGAAUAUUCGAAUGUAUUUCUUGAGGAAUUGUCCGGAGUAACUCCGGAUCGGGAGGUGGAAUUUGACAUUGAUUUAUUACCAGGUACGACUCCUGUGUCUAUUACACCCUACUACAUAGCACCGAAGGAGCUGACCAAGCUAAAGGCACAUCUCUAA